CUUAAGUAUUCGUCAAAGAGUCACCCCAGUAGUGGUGAUCACAGACAUGAAAAGAUGCGAGACGCCGCAGAUCCUUCACCACCAAAUAAAAUGUUGCGGAGAUCUGAUAGUCCUGAAAACAAAUACAGUGACAGCACAGGUCACAAUAAUGCCAAAAAUGUGCACGCUCAAAGAGUUAGAGAAAGAGAAGGUGGGACCAAUUACUCUCCACAAGAAAAUUCACACAACCACAGUGCUCUUCAUAGUUCAAAUUCACAUUCUUCUAAUCCAAGCAAUAAUCCAAGCAAAACUUCAGAUGCACCUUAUGAUUCUGCAGAUGACUGGUCUGAACAUAUUAGCUCUUCUGGAAAAAAAUACUACUACAAUUGUCGCACAGAAUUUUCACAGUGGGAAAAACCAAAAGAGUGGCUUGAAAGAGAACAGAGACAAAAAGAAGCAAAUAAGUUGGCAGUUAAUAGUUUCCCAAAAGAUAGGGAUUACAGAAGGGAGGUGAUGCAAUCGACAGCCACUAGUGGGUUCACCAGUGCAAUGGAAGACAAGCAUUCCGGCGAUGCCAGUAGUUUGCUCCCACAGAACAUUUUGUCUCAGACAAGCAGACACAAUGACAAAGACUACAGACUGCCAAGAGCAGAGACUCACAGUAGCUCUGCGCCAGUACAGCACCCCAUCAAACCCGUGGUUCAUCCAACCGCUACCCCCAGCACUGUUCCUUCUAGUCCAUUUAUGCUUCAAUCUGAUCACCAGCCAAAGAAAUCAUUUGAUGCUAAUGGAGCAUCUGCUUUAUCCAAACUGCCUACACCCACAGCUUCUGUCCCUGCACAGAAAACAGAGAGAAAAGAAUCUGCUCCAGGAGACAAAUCAGUAUCACAUUCUUUGACAACUCCUUCCACAUCUUCAGCCUCUGGCCUGAACCCCACAUCUGCACCUCCAACAUCUGCUUCAACAGUACCUGUUUCUCCUGUUCCACAAUCACCAAUACCUCCUUUACUUCAGGACCCAAAUCUUCUUAGACAGUUGCUUCCUGCUUUGCAAGCCACGCUACAGCUUAAUAAUUCUAAUGUGGACAUAUCCAAAAUAAAUGAAGUUCUUACAGCAGCUGUAACACAAGCUUCCCUGCAGUCUAUCAUCCACAAGUUUCUUACUGCUGGACCAUCUGCUUUCAACAUCACCUCUCUGAUUUCUCAAGCUGCCCAGCUCUCUACACAAGCCCAGCCAUCUAAUCAGUCUCCGAUGUCUCUAACGUCUGAUGCUUCAUCCCCAAGAUCCUAUGUGUCUUCAAGAAUAAGCACACCUCAAACAAACACAGUCCCUAUCAAACCUUUGAUUAGUACUCCACCUGUUUCGUCACAGCCAAAGGUUAGUACUCCAGUAGUUAAGCAAGGGCCACUGUCACAGUCGGCCACACAGCAGCCUGUAACUGCUGAUAAGCAGCAGAGUCACGAGCCUGUCUCUCCUCGAAGUCAUCAGCGCUUAAGCAGCCAGAGAAGUCCAUCACCUGGUCCAAAUCAUACUUCCAGUAGUAAUGCAUCAAAUGCAACAAUUGUACCACAGAAUACGUCUGCUCGGCCUGCGUGUUCAUUAACACCUACGCUAGCAGCACACUUCAAUGAUAAUCUCAUAAAACACGUUCAGGGGUGGCCUGCAGACCAUGCAGAGAAACAGGCAUCAAGAUUGCUUGAAGAAGCCCAUAAUAUGGGAAGUGUUCAUAUGUCAGAAAUAUGUACUGAAUUAAAAAAUUUGAGAUCUCUAGUUCGAGUAUGUGAAAUUCAAGCAACCUUGUGAGAGCAGAGGAUACUGUUUUUGAGACAACAAAUUAAGGAACUCGAAAAGCUAAAAAAUCAGAAUUCCUUUAUGGUUUGAAGAUGUGAAUAAUGGCACAUGGAAUCCUACAGGAACUGUAAAUCUAUUGCCCAGUCAUAACAUUUUGAGCUGCAUUUAAGUAGACUGUGGACCGUUACGCUGGGCAAAUGAAAUGACAAGGGGACGGGGGUCUGUGAGAGUCAAUUCAGGGGAAAGAUACAAGAUUGAUCUGUAAAACCCUUGAAAUGUAGAUUUCUUGUAGAUGUAUCUUCACGUUGUAAAUAUGUUUUGUAGAGUGAAGCCAUGGGAAGCCAUGUGUAACAGAGCUUAGACAUCCGAAACUAAUCAAUGCUGAGGUGGCUAAAUACCUAGCCUUUUACAUGGAAACCUGUCUGCAAAAUUAGCUUUUUUAAAAAAAGAAAAAAAUUUGGGGGGUUAAUUUAUCAUUCAGAAAUCUUGCAUUUUCCAAAAUCCAGUGCAAGCGCCAGGCGAUUUGUGUCUAAGGAUACAACUUUGAGCA